AAUCCAACUUAAAUAUAACAAAAACUUAAGUAAUACAACUAGUUGUUAAGAGGCGCGCCGAUCCAUCGCAAUCCAAAUCGUUCAAAGGCAUUUCGAAAAGAAAGCCCAGCAAAAAGCAACUUAGAAGCAAGGGGAACAGAGCAGUAUAGGAAAAUAAAGCAUAUAUAUAUAUAUAUGCAUAUAUAACCACCUGUUAUGCUAGGAUACUACCACUUAAGUUAUAAAACUAUGUACAUUUGAAAAAAGAGACAGGUUAUUUUACUAUAAAAAGCAACUGUGAGCGGUGAAAAAAGUUAAAAACAAAACUAGAGCAGAUUAACCAGAUUAGAAUCGAAUUAAGUGGGCACAACACAGCAGGCAGGCAGAAAGACAGCAGCAGGGGAAAUCAAAGGGUCACAGUCACAAUAUCGACGUAACACUGUACAUAGCCAGCCCGAAACACAAAGCUCCCGAAAGCUCCACACUUCAAUCUCAAGAUGAACGCGCGCUCGCAGGUCUUCGAUCUGACGAUGGAGGGUCGUCAGGUGGACGAGGCGGUGGCCACCAUCUUUCACACCGUGCUCUUCCAUCGCUGCCUGGGCAAGUACAUGUACACGGGCGAUGCCCAGUACUCGAUCGGAACGGUCGGCUACACGGACGUCGACUGCAACUUCAUCGACUUCACCUACGUGUGCUGCACCUCGGACAGUUUGACGCACAAGGUGAAGCGGGCCAUCAACUCGUUCAGCGAGAAGCUGCGCUCCAACGAGAGCUGCGGCUCCGGCCAGAUCAGUCUGGAGUUCUUCCAGAAGAAGAAGAACCGCUGGCUCUUCCCGCAGGAAUCGAUUCCCUGGGAGGUGUGGACCGUGCACCUGGAUCUGAUCAAGCACGAGAACGAGGACGAGCGGCAGUUGUGCCGGGAGAAUGUCUCCGAUUUGCUCACCGAAAAGGUAAUCUACAUCACCGAGCUGAUGAACCGGCACGACUACGUGCCCAAGACGCCCAGCCAGAGCGAGCUGGACCUGAUCUUCGACACAUCCUUCCCGGACGUGCAGCCGUAUCUGUUUAAGUUCGACUACUCCACCUCGGGAUCGGCGGCUCCAUCCAUGGGCAAUGCCAUGAAGAAGAUCAUCAAGGAGACGCUCGCAAUGUGACGGGCUGAUGGAGGCGGAGGAGAAGGAAUAGACAUCUUGAUCCUGGCAUCCGAACUAGUUGCCCUCGAGUUAAUUUAUUUGUACUUUCACUUCUUUUUCGUCCGUGUUCGCAUACUGUAGUGUUUUUAGUGCCAGGGAUGAGUCAUUUUCCAAGGGUGAUAAGAAAAACAAUAAGCAAGUAGUCCAAUAAUUAUGGCAUAUCCCUGCUAAAGUAGAGAGUUCGAUAUACACUUUUUUGUCUGCCUUAAUAUUUUUUUAGUUGUUAUUGCUUUAGUUAAACAAUAGGUUACAUUGACCACCGUUAGCAUGAUAUGAUAUCAGUGAAUCCUUUUGAAUUGGAAACCACGCAAAAGAGCAGGAGGGAAACAUGUGUAGAUAGACGUGUAAAGUCAGAGGAACAAGGACCACAGGGUCCAUCAAAAUUCGACACUUAAUUGCGGAUUGGGUUAGAGGAAUAGCUACCAUUUAGCUGGCCACCGAACUUUCCCUGCUCGAAGGCAAAGUUAUUCCGAUCAAUCCAUGCAAAACGUUCCAAAAUCAAGCUUUGAGCACCACUAGCAAUCAAUUACCUGUCGCCAGAGCAAAUAUAUUGUGUUAAUUCUAUCUUAAUCGCCAUUGUGUAAAUAGCGAAAACGAUGCAAGCUAAGAAAAUAAUAAUUGUGCGGUGUGCAAGAGAAAACAAAAGGCGAACAGAAAUGGAAAACCGAAUGAGAAAAACCAAUAACAAAUUGAGAACCCAUCAAAUCAAAUCAAAUCAAAUGAAAUGAAAUGAAAUGAAAUGCUUGAGGGAUCGAGGCAAGUAGCGGUGGAGCGGUAGAGAUGUAUGUAUAAAAGAUUGUGAUUGUACUUGUAGUGAUUAAACGAUAGUACCGACUCUAUGCUGUAUCCAUAGAGAUCCAAUAUAUAGAUGUGUAUGUAUGUAAAUCAAUGUUUAUCUGUAUGUCCAAGCUAUAAACGUAAUCGAUAAAUGUACUUUACAACUUAACUAAUAUUGUAAAAUCGAAUUAAGCAGAAUAAAUCCUUUGAAGCACA